GCAGCAGUCCAAUGAUCCGUCUUUCCAUAAGUGCACAUUCUUCAUUUGAUGAAGCAGAAGGCUUAGACUAAUCAAACUCGUUUUGCAAAGUGUCUGAAGCAGGAGGACGAUAACAGCCAUGAGGCUUCUCUGUCUACUGCAGUUGGUCUGCUUGGCUUGUUGUAGUGCUUCCAGAACAAGAGACUGGGCUCAUCAUGGUGCCCCCAUGUUUGCUGACCUCACAGUACGUGAGAUGAAAGCCAUCCGGGCCUACCUGCAUGGUAUUCCAGAGCUGGAGCUUACUGAUGCUCGCAGCAAGGCACUGAAGAGGAACAAUAUCCUGCUGAUGGAACUCCAUCUGCCAAAGAAGCAUGAAGCCCUGCGAGCUCUGGACCGUGGACAGGCCAAACCCCCACGUCAAGCCCGUGUAAUCAUCCAGUUCGGGAACCAGGCCAAGCCCAACAUCACUGAGUACAUUGUGAGUCCUCUGCCAUCCCCAAAUUCACAUAUAGUCAAGACAUUUAAGGGAAAUAAGCCUAUCCCAUUUGAAUCAAGGCCUAUUACUUAUGUUGAGUAUUACCAUAUUACUGAAAUGCUGAACAAGGUCACAGAGAAAGUCCACAAGCUCCUGUUUGAGACCACAGGGGGGUUUUCCUUCACUAACUGCUCUGACCGCUGCCUGACGUUCUCAGACAUAGCACCCCGUGGGUUGGGUCCAGGUGAAAGGAGAACGUGGAUCAUGCUGCAGAAGUUUGUGGAGGGAUAUUUCAUCCACCCAGUUGGAUUUGAGAUAUUGAUCAACCACCAGGACCUUGACCCAGAAAAGUGGACUGUUGAAAAGGUCUGGUACAACAGCAUGUACUUUGACAGUGUUGAGGAACUGGUAGAAAGUUACGAAUCAGGAGGUGUGGAGAAGGUCAAACUGCCCAAUCAUAAUGAAGAUGACCUCUACUCUACCUACAUCCCCAGGGGUCAGAGCAGCACUCCCACUAAUAUCCAUGGGCCGAAACUUGUUGAGCCCCAAGGGCCUCGCUAUCACAUUGACGGCAAUUUUGUUGAAUAUGCUGGAUGGUCUUUUGCCUACCGAGUCCGCUCAUCAGCUGGACUUCAAGUCUUUGACCUCCGUUUCAAUGGAGAAAGGAUUGCUUAUGAGAUCAGCCUCCAAGAAGCUAUUGCCUUCUAUUCUGGUGACACUCCUGCUGCCAUGCAAACAAAGUACAUCGAUGCUGGCUGGGCAAUGGGCACCUCAACCUAUGAGCUGGCCCCUGGAAUUGACUGUCCAGAAAUUGCCACUUUUGUUGACCUUUACCACUACUUUGACACAGACAAACCUUUGCAGCACAAAAAUGCACUCUGUAUUUUUGAGAUGAACACUGCUUUGCCUCUGAGAAGGCAUUUCGAUUCUGAUUUCGAGGGGGGAUACAACUUCUACGGAGGGCUGGAAAACACUGUGCUGGUGCUGCGGACAACCUCCACGGUUUACAACUAUGAUUAUAUCUGGGACUUCCUCUUUUACCAGAACGGGGUAGUGGAGGUAAAAGUUAGCGCUACUGGAUACAUUCAUGCCACUUUCUUUACACCUAAUGGACUUAACUAUGGUACUAAGGUGUACAACUAUGUUCUGGGGAACCUGCACACACACCUCAUCCAUUAUAAAGUGGACCUGGAUAUUGUUGGUCGAGAGAACAGCUUUGAGUCAAUGGAUCUGAAAUUGGUCAACUUCACCAAUCCCUGGAGCCCAAAACAUUUUGUCGUCCAGUCCAAACUCCACAGAACAGAGCACAAGACUGAACGAUCUGCAGCUUUCCCCUUCGGCAAAAAGUUCCCACGCUAUGUGCAUUUUAACAACCCCAAUGAGAAAAACAAAUGGGGACACCCAAGAGGUUACCGUAUUCAAUUUAACUCACAUGCCCAGAGUGUCCUUCCGAGAGGCUGGAUGGAGGAAAAAGGAAUCAGUUGGUCAAGAUAUCCUCUUGCUGUGACACGUCAUAAAGACAGUGAAGCGACCAGCAGCAGCUUGUAUGCCCAGAAUAAUCCUUGGGAACCUCUUGUAUACUUUGAAGACUACAUCCGCAACAAUGAAGAUAUAGUCAACCAGGACCUGGUAGCCUGGGUGACAGUGGGUUUCCUACAUGUGCCUCACUCAGAAGACAUCCCUAACACAGCAACACCCGGCAACGCAGUCGGCUUUUUCCUCCGACCUUUCAACUUCUUCGAUGAAGACCCUUCCGUGGCAUCCAGAAGCACCAUCAUCGUCCGGCCAGGCAAGGGUGGCAAGCCGAAGGUCCAGAGGUGGACACCUGAGGUCAUAGGUCACUGUGUGACAGACAAGCCGUUCUUUUACAAUGGCACUUAUGCAGGAGUCUAGAGGUGUUUUCUGGGUUUCCCCAAAAAGUAUUUUAGCACAAAUAUAAUUCAUGCCCAGUUUAGCUAAAUUGCACGAUGAGGAUCUCAGAUCACUUGAAGUAGUAAAAGUUAGAUCAGUAAUGUGUAACAGUUUGAGAUCAUCCUGAAAAUCCUUUGUCAUAUUUUUAAAUUUUAAAUGAAACAAAAUCCAUGUAAUUAAACAGAGAAUGAUACAA